UUUCUCCAAAAAUAUAUUUUUUGUCAAAAUAUAAAAUAAUGGAAUAUACUUUUAAGCACGAAUUUACCCUAAGGUAUCUAUAUAUAUAAUUCUAUGAGUAUAAUUUUGUUUAAAGUACAAAAAUGGUCUAUAGAAAAUAUUAAUUGAUGCUUUAUUUUGAAAUUUGUUUACUCAAGUGUAUAAAAUGAUAUUUGAUUUAAAAAUUAAUUUUCCAUAAAGCUAACAACAAAAAAUACUCCUUAUAAGUGAUAGCUUGACAUCUGCCAUCUUUGUCAUAAGGUUGUGGCGAGCAAGAGAUAAAUUCAUUCAUCAGUAUAGACUAGAAUAAGUUUGAUAACAAUUCGAAAUAUUUGUCUUAUAUUCAUAUUUAACACGUAACACUUGAUAAUUCUAGAAUUGUGAUACGGUUUUAUUUUUGUGUCAGUAUAUGUAUACCGUUUAAUUCCGAACAAGAUGCAGAGCUUGUGAUUCCUCAAAGACAAGGCCAAGUAUGUUAUAUGAGUAAAUAAUGUAUAUUAUCGUUUAUUGACAAUAACAAAAAAAUCAAAAAAAGAAGAAACAGCUAUUAUUAGAAGAAGAAGAUUAUCCUAAUUAUUCAAUAUUGCAUUCAUUUUCCUAAGAUUACGUUUUAAAUAAUAGAACAAAAACUAAAUCAUGUCGGACUGGGAUACUGUAACGGUUUUAAAAAAAAGGGCCCCUAAAGCUUCAACUAUGAAGAGCGAGCAAGCCAUAAAUGCUGCUCGUCGUCAAGGUGUAGCUGUUGACACGCAAUUGAAAUGGGGUGCUGGAAGUAAUAAACAGCAUGUAGCAACAAAAAAUACUGCCAAAUUGGAUAGAGAAACGGAGGAACUUAAACAUGAAACAAUUUCUUUAGAUGUCGGAAAAUUAAUUCAACAGGGACGUCAGGCUAAAGGUUUGAGUCAAAAAGAUCUUGCCACAAAAAUUAACGAGAAGCCACAAGUUAUAACAGAUUAUGAAGCAGGUCGUGGUAUUCCAAACAAUGCAAUCAUUGGUAAAAUUGAGAGGGUAAUAGGCUUGAAACUGAGAGGAAAAGAUCGCGGACUUCCCGUAGUGCCCCCAGGAAAUAAAAAGUAAUAUAGUCCUGGGGGAACUAAGAAAGUUUUUGGAUGAUGAAUUUAAUUUUAAAGAAUGGUUUUCCUACAUAACUCAUAGUAAAAACACUUCUAGGAUUCCUGCAUUUAUUGUAAGAACCCUUUCAAUUAUAAAUUCAUGUAGGUUAAUAUGUUAAUCAUUUUUUAGAAAAAAAAUCUUUGUGUACUGCUGCUGUAUUAAUAUUAGCUGUUUCAUUAAAACAAAAAUAUAACAAUAAAUGGGUGGUUUGAAAAAUGA